UCGCGCCGCACUUGGUACCGACCAGGUGGUCUCCGGGUUCUUUUCGCGAGCGAGAAAGUCCGAAGACGGUAUCCCCGGCCUCGCGCGAUACCGGCAAAAUUAGCCUCGGUUCAAUUCGUAACUCGCGAGUUACUUCGGGGUUAACGUCGAUAAAGCCCCGAUAAGGACCCGCUAUCUAAAGUCGCCCGGUUGGCUGGCUAAGUGACCUUAAAUUGCAGUUUUUUUUCUCUUCUCUCUGCACCGGGGACGGUCUCUUUUCGCCGAGAAAGAGAAAGCAGUUUUUCUUGGUCUGGAAAAGACACGGUUUAAAUAUGAAGAAGGAUACGUGGAAGCUGCGGGGUGCGGUUCUCCCCUUUUGAGUGGUCUUGCGAUCGCAUUUGUCAAGUGCGUCGAUUUUUAUGGAAGAUCUUCUAACACAGGAAUUUAAUCAUUCGCCCCGGCAUUGGGUGUGUUUGCAAAACCGAACGGAGUGUACGUAACCCGAUGAUCUAACCAGCCAAGAAAAAACAGAACAAGCUGACUAAAAACCGAGAAGCGUUUUGGAAGGAACGAACCAAAAGUUAUGACCGAUAUCAAUGGCUUGAAAACUGACCAGACGACGGAGGCCCAGUGGCAGAGGUUAAAAAGUGGCCACGAUGAGGAUAUGCGAGCUUAUGGUUUCGAAAGGAGUUUUCUUGGGACUUUUUUCACGUACUUCUCUUUCGUCAUAACUGUGGGAUGGGCGAGACUGUUUUUUCAUUGGUACCCGCACUUGUACCUUUACGCAACGCACAAGAAAUGCAGCCUAAGAGAGGCCACAAAAAUUUUAGUGAUAGACGAUUAUCAGGGAAAGCACAAAUCUUACUUUGUCGAAGAGGUGCAACAGAUUUCUCUAAGGAACGCGAGCGGAGAUAUUGGGCCGGUCAACUUAGGGGGAGUUGACGAAGGACUGUUGACGCAGAUCCGAGAGAAGUGCGUCAAGAUAAACUUAGAAAAUGGUACCAAAAGAGAAGUCGAAGGAUACCGAGUAUUUCGAUGCAAGAAACAAUGUUACAUCUGGGACGAAACGAGAAACGAAUUCUCAAGAUUGGUCGGCCUGGACAGGAACGUUCUUCGUUCCGAACUCGCUUCCAGCCACGCUGGCCUCUCGAAAGAAGAACAGCUCUUGAGGCGCAUCGUGUACGGUACCAACGAGAUUAUCGUUCCUGUGCAAAGUAUCGGAGUAUUACUGGUGUUAGAAGCACUGAAUCCCUUUUACAUAUUCCAAGUGUUUACCUUGGCUGUAUGGCUGGCGGAAGGGUAUUACUAUUACACCGGGGCCAUCAUAUGUAUGUCGCUCUUCGGUAUCACCAGCACGAUACUGCAGACCCGAAAAAAUCAGAUGAAUCUACACGGGACGGUCGCCUCGACGGAAACCGUCAGGGUGAGGAGAGAAAAUGGGAUCUUCGAAAACGUCUCCAGUGCCAAUUUGGUUCCUGGGGAUGUUAUCGAGCUUCCAAAGCACCAAGGUACCGUGGCCUGCGAUGCGGUUCUACUGACAGGAAGUUGCAUCCUCAAUGAGUCCAUGCUAACCGGCGAAUCGGUGCCGGUCGUGAAAACUCCUUUGCGACCAAACGGCGGACUAUACGAGCCAAAGGAGAGCUCCCAUCACACUUUGUUCAGUGGGACGAUAAUUAUCCAGACAAGAACUUACGGCAACGACCCAGUUCUGGCAAAAGUGAUAAAAACCGGAUUCCAGACAAGUAGAGGAGCUCUGGUAGCUGCUAUACUUUAUCCCCCACCAGCAGACUUCAAAUUCGACCGAGAUUCAUACAAAUUUAUUGGAAUCUUGGCGUUAAUAGCCACCUUCGGCUUCAUAUACACCGUCGUGAGCAAGAUGUACAGAGGAACCACUGCAGGACAUAUAGCAAUCGAAGCUUUGGAUGUAUUCACCAUUGCUAUUCCUCCAGCCUUACCUGCAGCUAUGACUGUCGGAAAGCUUUAUGCUCAAGCAAGACUUAAACGUGCACAAAUUUAUUGCAUUAACAGUCGAGUAAUCAAUGUCUCCGGUAGCACUGACUGCGUAUGUUUCGACAAGACCGGGACCCUAACGGAAGAUGGUUUGGAUGUCUGGGGAGCAGUACCGAGUACCAAGGGAACAUUAUGCAAAGCCGAGAAGGACAUUACAAACUUGAAGGAACAUUUAUUGUUCGAAGGAAUGUUGGUCUGCCACUCCUUGACCCUCAUCGAUGGAGAACUUUGUGGAGAUCCCCUGGACGUAAAGAUGUUCGAGAGUACAGGUUGGAUCCUCGAAGAGCCGAAUACAGAGGAGUCAUUAAAGUAUAGUUUAAUGACGCCGACGAUAGUUAGGCCACCAGCAAAUUAUGUUUCGGGGAAUAAUAUUCAAGAAAUAGAGAUAGUCCAUCGAUACCAAUUUUCCAGUACCCUACAAAGAAUGUCAUCCGUGGCUCGAAUUUCGGGCGAGGAACAUUUUGUCACUUACACGAAAGGAUCUCCAGAAAUGAUCCUUAGUCUCAGCAGGCCUGAGACGAUCCCAGGAGACAUUACGGUUACUCUUCGUUAUUAUACAGAACAAGGGUAUCGAGUUAUAGCCAUAGGACGAGCUAUCCUGCAGCACAGCUUUAGUAAAAUCGAGGGAAUGACCAGAGAUAUGGUGGAGCAGGAUUUGGAAUUCCUUGGGCUAGUGAUUUUGGAAAAUCGACUAAAGCCUGCGACAGUGCAGGUGAUCAGAGAACUCAGAGAAGCUAAUAUAAACGUGGUCAUGAUAACAGGAGAUAAUAUUCAAACGGCUGUGAGCGUGGCAAAAGAGUGCGGCAUUCUUUUACCUGAUGAAAUCGUCAUAGAUGUGACCGUAGUACCAGGAGAAGCUGGAUCUUCCCCACAAGUGUACUUCACUGCCCAAGGACUGCCCCUGGCAUCGACUUUACAAAAGAAGAAGGUAGUACUUCCGACGCUGGAAAAUGUUGAAAAUGGGCUUAGCACAAGGAAAUACAAAUUUGCCUUAACCGGAAGAAACUGGGAAUUGUUGUGUCAAUAUUACGAAAACUUAUUGCCAAAGAUUUGCGUCCGAGGAGCUGUUUUUGCGAGGAUGAGCAGCGAUCAGAAGCAACAGCUCGUUUUAGAGCUCAUGCAACUGGGUUACUACGUCGCUAUGUGCGGAGAUGGAGCUAACGACUGUGGAGCACUGCGUGCAGCCCACGUUGGAAUUUCCUUAUCGGAAGCGGAAUCGAGUGUCGCCAGUCCAUUUACCUCUCGAAUCCCCGAUAUAACAUGCGUGCCAAAAGUGAUCCGUGAGGGCAGAGCAGCGUUGGUAACUUCAAUCGGCAUCUUCAAGCUCAUGGUGACCUACUCCUUGACGGAAUUGCUGUCAGUAAUCGUCCUCUACUCGAUCGACUCAAAUCUAACGGAUCUACAAUUCCUCUUCAUCGACCUGUGCCUCAUCGUGAACUUCGCCUUCUUCCUGGGAAAAACACAAGCCUUCGAAGGAAAACUAGCACGCAGGGCACCAACGACAAGUCUAAUAAGUUUCUCACCCAUCAUGUCUAUAGUCUUGCAGAUGCUGUCGAUGACAGUCUUUCAAGUAUCAGCGUUCCACAUAGUUCGUUCAUUUCCAUGGUUCGAGUCGUUCGCUCAAGCCACCGAAAGGUCCUACAGCUGCUACGAAAAUUAUUCCGUCUUCUGCGUCUCCAUGUUCCAGUACAUCACUAUGGCCGUGGUCUUUUCCAAAGGAAAGCCCUACAGAAAAGCGAUAUACACGAACAGAGCUUUCAUCAGCUCCAUCUUCCUGAUGAUCGCCAUUUGCGCGUACAUCGCAGUUUCCCCGGCACAGUGGAUCAUCAAUGCACUUCAAUUAAUCGUACCGCCUACUUACGAUUGGAGACUACUCAUCCUUCUCUUGUCCUUCGCUAAUUUUACAACCUGUUUGUUCAUGGAAAGCUUCAUCAUCGAAUACAUGAUCGAAAGGGUGAUCAAGCCCAGGCUGCACAAGCCUGAGAAGUCGAAGAGAAAAUACCUAGGAGUGGAGGACGAGCUGACGAAGAACUGCGAUUGGCCGGUCGUAACUUUGGACUUACCUUGUCUUCCCGUUACUCCCAGCGUGGAGAGCUUUGGAAAAUCAUUGUGCUUCGGAAAUGGGGACGACAAGAGCUACAAGAUCGAAAAUGAGAUUGCGUGCAACGGAAAGAGUGUUUCGACCGAUUCAGAAAAAAACGAUACUAAAGGAAUCGAAAAUCCGGCCUUUGUCGGAGACGAGAGCGUGGAGUUCAAAAUGAUCACCAAGUUAUGAUAAGAAGAGUGGCCUUAAUAGAUGGAAAAUCUGCGAAGGAAAAUAGAAAACUAUUGGGUUAUAAUGAAAAAUAUCCGUAGACCUAUAGAAGGCAGAAUAUUAGAAAGAAAUUCACUGUUUCGUAAGGUUUUAGAAAAACGAAUAGAACCGAGAUAUUGGAAAGACAAAUGUUCCGGUAUAGAGAUUUUGAUAAAGUAUUCAGAAGUAAUUUCUACUGCUCACAGACCACAGUCCUUUUUUAUCUUGUAUGUUAUUCUCACGUUAAAGACUAAAUUGCGAAAUGAUA